CAAAAAUUAAAAAGAAAGGAAGUAAUUGUCACGUGCUUACACGUGGCUAUAUCGUACUUCCUUCCUCUUUAGCUCCUCCGGAUUUUGCAAUUGAGCGAGAAACGCAAGGAAAGGAGCCAAUCAAGGACAAAACACCUCUAUUUUCUCCCGCACAGUAUGCCUCCAAAUUGCCGUCCAUGGACGGCCAAGAUUCCCACAUAUUCGCCUACUACCCCUCCUCAUUCUCCGUCUUCUUCCUCGUCUUGCUCUCUCUUCUGCUCUGCUCUGCAACCCGUCACUCUCAGAAAACAACAGACUGGUCUCGACACACAGGCCAAUGGGCUGCGUUCAGGCCAAGCCUCUCACGAACUCCACUCCUGGGGGGCUAGAGAAGCUCAAACUGGAUAAUGGGUACGUCGCAAAUGGUCCCCUUAACGGUCACAGACGAUCAACUGGCCAGUUCCAUAGGGACCCCUUUAAGCCGCGGCAGCAGAGGGGUGAGGCCAGAAUUUCAAAUGUCGAGCCUGGCAGUGGAGGAAGCAGCAACGAAAAGGCGGCGGCAGCGGUGGCGGAUGAGUGGGGGGCGUUGAAUGGUGGUAGUGAGGGAGAGAAAGAUGAUGGGAGUCACAAAGUUUCUCAUAAAGUUUCUGUGGAUGAUGAGGAGUUUGUGGAUGGAUGGCCCAAGUGGCUCACUGAUAAUAUUUCGAGAGAGAUUUUGGCUGGCUUGGUUCCGAAGAGUGCUGACUCUUUUGACAAGCUUGAUAAGGUUGGCGAAGGAACCUACAGUAAUGUGUAUAAGGCGCGAGACAGGGACUCUGGAAAAAUUGUUGCCUUGAAGAAGGUCCGGUUUGAUACAUCAGAACCCGAGAGUGUUAAAUUUAUGGCACGAGAGAUUAUGUUUUUACGGAAAUUGGAUCAUCCCAAUGUGGUCAAGCUUGAAGGAUUGGCUACGUCAAGAAUGCAGUACAGCAUUUAUCUUGUUUUUGGUUUCAUGGUGUCAGAUUUGACAAGAAUUAUUUCCAGCCCUGAAGGGCUUACUGAACCACAGGUCAAGUGCUAUAUGCAUCAACUACUUUCAGGUCUGCAGCAUUGUCACGAGAGGGGAAUUAUACAUCGAGACAUCAAAGGAUCAAACCUAUUGAUAGAUAAAAGUGGAAUGCUAAAAAUUGCAGAUUUUGGGCUUGCAAACUAUUAUGUUCAAAGCCCUAAGCGCCCACUCACAAACCGAGUUGUGACGCUUUGGUACAGAGCUCCUGAGCUACUGUUAGGUUCUACAGAUUAUGGAGUUGGCAUUGAUCUUUGGAGUGCUGGUUGUGUCUUGGCUGAAAUGUUUACAGGGAGACCACUUCUGCCUGGUAGAACAGAGGUUGAGCAACUUCAUAGGAUUUUCAGGCUUUGUGGCACUCCGUCAGAGGAAUACUGGAAAAGAUUGAAGCUGUCUACAACUUUUAGACCUCCACGUUCAUACAAACCCAGUCUUCAAGAAGCUUUCAAGGGUUUCCCUAUUUCUUCUUUGGGUCUGUUGAGCACUCUUCUUGCUUUAGAUCCUGCUUAUCGUGGCUCUGCAUCUUCGGCUCUCAGAAACGAAUUCUUUUUCAGAAGCCCCUUAGCAUGUGAACUUUCUGGUCUACCUAUAAUCUACAAUGAGGAUGAAGAACUGAAAUUAGCCAAUGAGCAGAAAAAGUCUAGGAAUUCUAAAGUAAGACGGUCUCGAACACGUGAGUGCCAGAGACAAGAUGCAUCUGCUGAGAAAGUAAAAGAAACUUGUGCGUCUUCCAACCAGCCAACCUAUCAUGCAUGUAAGAGGAAGGGAAAAGAAAAGAUUCAAAUAAAAAGAAAAGAAGGAAGAAGAAACGACAAUGUCAGGGAGGAGCCUCGUCUAGCCCUUCUCACCUAUACUGUUUAUUCAAAUUUUGAAAGUGAGCCAGGUAGCACUACCAGUAGCAACUCCUCCAGUGCAAACCAGGCAGGCCGAAAAGAAAGCCCAAUCUUCUCCCUCUCACCAGUUGAAGGCCUUUCGGGUGCUACCAAGUACGUCAAGAACCUACCCCCAUUACCCAAAUCUAAAGCGCGUGCCACCAGCAAAUACAAUCAGAUUAACAGGUCUACAUCCACUAGAGAGUUCAGAAGGUUCAAUCCAAGGGAGCUAGAACACUAUGCUCUUGAUGAUUAGGCCCCAUUGGAUGAGCAUGUAGAGCUGCUCCGUGUCUUUUUCUUGUAGUCCUUUACCCUCUAUUGAGUAUUGACCAACAUGAAUAAUCAUGAAUUUUUGGUUUCGUGUAUAAUGCAAUGAUUUUGUGAUUA